UUGACACGUCACACCAUGUCGUCAUCAAACCAAGAGCUGCCAAGCUGCCAACGAGAAUGGAAGGCUUCAUCAGCAUCCUCCAUUGCAGGAACUGGAGAUGAUGCAGUCACAGUGAUCUCGUACAACAUCUUGGCAGCCAUCCACAUCAAGCCCAGAGGAUACCCGUUCUGUCCGACAGGAUUCCGGGAGACGUUGGAGAGGCAUCCCCAGUUGAUGGUUGAACUUCGUCACCAUGAUGAUGCAGACAUCGUGUGCUUGCAAGAGGUAGAGACCGAUUAUUACCACCAGACCUUACUUCCAGAACUUCAAAAGUUAGGAUACCAUGGCGUCCAUCAUCAAAAGGCUUUAGGAAUACGAGAGGGCGUGGCCACCUUCUACCGGUCAGAGAGGUUCAGGAUUGAGAAGCAGGAGACUGGUCACUUUAAAGAUUGGAUAGCUGAGAAACUGGUUGGAGAGCAGAUUGAUGCUGAUCUACGUGAAGCUAUUAAGAGUCGUGCCGAAUAUGAGACGCCAAUCUUGCUUACAUCGUUCACUUGCCUGAAGACUGGGCGGCCUCUCACCGUAGCUAACGUUCACCUGGUAUGGCAGACCCACAUAGUACCUGAUCUCAAUACAUUGCAGGCAGCUUUAGCUCUUCAAAGACUUGACGAGUUCUCAACACAAGAUGGCCCCUGCAUCAUGUGUGGGGAUUUCAACCAUCAGCCAGUCAUGCCUGGCUAUCAGCUCAUCAGAGACGGUUGUCUUGACAACGAGAGUCGGAUGCAUCUCAGAAAGUUUCCACUUUUUUCUGGAGCUGAUGCAAAGCAUGGAAAGGAAUCUUGUUUAGUGGAUAUUCUUCCUAAAUGGUUCUGUCAUAGCUUCAAGCAUUUUAAGAGUUCUUAUGCAGAGAUUCAGGGAGAAGAACCACCAUUCACUUGCUUCACAGAUAACUAUGGACCACAGUGGAUAGAUGCUUACACAAAACACAACAGAUUGGAUGGAUUUCUAGAAGAGUCGGAAGAAUCGUCAGACCCCCCAACACCAAGGCACUUUCCUCUGAAGGUCAUGGAUUCAAGUCUCAACGGCAGCAUUGCCCCUCCCUGCCACAUACAGACCUUGGAUUACAUCUGGUAUACAGCAGAGAAGCUCCAUUGCCUAGGAGUGGAGGAGGUUGUCAAGAAAGAAGCGAUCGCCCCCUUCUGGGCAUGUCCGAACCAAGUCUUUCCCUCUGAUCAUUUGUUGAUGAAAGCAAAAUUUGCUUUUCGUGGUUUGUAACAGAAAACAGUCGCUAAAUUGUGCUAUAUUUUUGUAUUGAAUAUUGGUUCAGAUUGAAUCAUAAUAUUGUAAUGAUGCUGUAAUUUUAAACUGUCUUAGAUAUUGUAAGCAAAAUUUUACUUUUUAUGAUGAGAUGUAUAGUAAGUCCAUGAAUGGUCUUCCCCAUUGAUUCAAUGAGCAGAACAAAGAUAAAGUCAAACUAAGAAGAGUUAAAUACAUCACAAAUCCAUUGUCAUUGCAAAGCCCCUUUCACAUUAGUAGCAGUGAAUGGAAGGGUUUCCUUUCACAUGGAUAGAUAAUCCUCUUAGUAGAUGAAGUGCAGUCUGCAAUGUUGAAACACUGGCUAUGUGGUUUGCCGAAUGGCUUCUCAAAACCAAAGAGUCAUAGUUUCCGAAAACAUGAAAACUUGAAAUGAGUUCCAUAGAGGGCUUCAGAGAUCAUUACUUUUGUCCAGCACGAUUGGUUACACAAAUGGCAAAAUAAUGAUAGAGGAAAUCGCAUCAAAAUCGCUUUAUCUAAACCAAUGGGAAAACUCAUAUUCGGUCAAAAUAGACUGCUUUUCAGGCAGUCCAUGCACAUUGUUAAAAUACAAGUAAAAUGAACACAGUAACAUUUACAAACAAAUAUAGAACAAAUUCAAAUAUCU